CGCCCCCUCUUCGCAUAAUUUGCUCACUCCCUCGCCCACCCUUUGGCCAUCUCUCGACUCCUCGGCGUAGAUCAGCGGAGGUUGGGAAACCCUAACCUCCUCAAUCUUCAAAGCUAACGACGCUUUGCUUCUCUCACACUCUUAAUCGAUCGAUUCAACGGUUCAGUCAUGGCGGGUGUCGCACCAGAAGGUUCUCUAUAUGACGCGCGUCAGUAUGAUGCCAAAAUGACUGAGCUUCUCUCAGCUGAUGGGCAGGAAUUCUUCACAUCAUAUGAUGAAGUCUAUGAUACCUUUGAUUCUAUGGGCUUGCAAGAGAACCUCUUGAGGGGCAUCUAUGCAUAUGGUUUUGAAAAACCUUCAGCAAUCCAGCAAAGGGGAAUUGUUCCCUUCAUCAAGGGCCUUGAUGUAAUUCAACAAGCUCAAUCUGGAACUGGAAAGACAGCAACCUUUUGCUCUGGUAUCCUUCAACAGCUUGACUAUGGGUUAGUGGAAUGCCAAGGGUUGGUUUUAGCUCCAACUCGUGAGCUUGCUCAGCAGAUUGAGAAGGUAAUGCGAGCACUUGGUGACUAUCUUGGUGUGAAGGUACAUGCUUGUGUGGGUGGCACAAGUGUACGUGAAGAUCAGCGCAUUCUUUCAAGUGGGGUUCAUGUUGUUGUUGGCACUCCUGGUCGUGUAUUUGACAUGCUGAGGAGACAGUCACUUCGUCCUGAUUACAUUCGGAUGUUUGUGUUAGAUGAGGCAGAUGAAAUGCUUUCUCGUGGGUUCAAGGAUCAGAUCUAUGAUAUAUUCCAGCUUCUACCUUCAAAAGUUCAGGUUGGUCUAUUCUCAGCCACAAUGCCCCCAGAGGCUCUUGAAAUUACUAGGAAGUUUAUGAACAAACCUGUGAGAAUUCUUGUGAAGCGGGAUGAGCUCACUCUAGAGGGUAUAAAGCAAUUUUAUGUCAAUGUUGAAAAGGAAGAAUGGAAGUUUGAGACACUGUGCGAUCUUUAUGAAACCUUAGCCAUCACACAGAGUGUGAUCUUUGUGAACACACGACGCAAGGUUGACUGGCUGACUGACAAAAUGCGGAGCCGGGACCAUACAGUUUCAGCCACUCAUGGUGACAUGGACCAGAAUACAAGAGAUAUUAUCAUGCGUGAAUUUCGCUCUGGUUCUUCUCGUGUUCUGAUCACGACUGAUCUUUUGGCCCGAGGUAUUGACGUCCAGCAAGUUUCCCUUGUCAUAAACUAUGAUCUCCCCACUCAGCCUGAGAACUAUCUCCAUCGUAUUGGGCGUAGUGGACGAUUUGGCAGGAAGGGUGUUUCCAUCAAUUUUGUGACAAGGGAUGAUGAAAGAAUGCUGGCUGACAUCCAGAGGUUUUACAGUGUGGUAAUUGAGGAGCUGCCAUCGAACAUUGCUGAUCUCCUAUGAAGAUUUUGCGUUCUAUUAGUUAAGAAUGAUCAGCAAUUUUCUAAUUUACUAGCCAAGUACUAUUUAUCAUGCUGUUUUGUUUAAUAGGUGUAUUGUUUGUUUACAUCUAAGAUGUUUGGAGUAAACCGAGUAUUUUGAGUAGUUAUGAGUGCUCUGCUGCAUUCGCACAACAUGUUAUUAGCUAUCAAACUUCCUCAUGAAAGUUUUUAGCGGCCA